ACCACUUAGUGAGACCCUGCCUCAAAAACAAAAUAACAAUAAAAAACGAGUUGCCCAAGUUGGUUUAGAAUUUGUAGAUUCUACUGCUUCAGCCUCCCUGUCGCCAUAGGUGUUCGUCACUACACCCAGCUUCACUCACAUUUACUUCUGAAGAAAGACUUAAAGAAAAACAAGUCUUUGCCAGGGAUUUAGCUCAGGGGUUCCACGGCCUGCCUGGAAAGCGCAAGGACCCGAGUUCGAUCCCUGGUGCCAAAAACAAAAAUAAGUCCUUCCCGGCCUUGGGCAGUCUCCCCCCACAAUCGCUGUCCUCUCCCCUGUAGCCCUAACUCCUUGUUCUGGUACAGAUAAAAUUGACAACUCUGUCCUGUAAACAAAGUUUAUGAUACUCUGUUCUCAUAUGAUUCAUAAAGACACUGUCUAUCUUCAAGGCAAGGUUACAAAACUGCCCUUAAAAACCAUCCCCUUCUACAAAAUAUUUAAAAGCUGGAAGUUCUCUUUGUUUAGCACUCUUCUUUGGACAGGAGUCUGUGGAGCUGGUGUGCAACCCUUAAACCUGAAAUAAAUCCUCCUAACCCCCCCAAACGGGUCGCUCCUGUCUCUUGGAAUUCUGCAACAUUUCUAAGGGAUGUGGAAAGGGAGGUGUAACUCAGCCUCUUCCCUCCUUUCGUCCCUUCUUCCAUCAGGUCAGAGGUCUCUUGCCCCCUCAGAGGUCUCCUGUCCCCCUCCGUCCCCACAGGAGCCAACACACCAGAGGCAGCCCGAUGAGGGAAGAGAGGGAAAGAGGGACCCGUUCAGCCAUUCCGCCUCACCAGUCCUCCUGUCCUUGGCCUCUCGUAGUGGGGCCGGCCUAUGGGUGAGGGGGUACCCCCUGGGGCCUGAGCUGCCCGGCACAGGAUGCCCCGUGGCCCCUGCUUCAUCCCCUUGCUGCUGCUGCUGCUGCUCUCCCUCCCCCACAGCCAGGCUGCCUUCCCCCAGGACCCCCUGCCCCUGUUCACUUCUGACCUACAAGGUGCUUCGCCGUUGUCCUGGUUCCGGGGGCUGGAGGAAGAUGCUGUGGCCGCAGAACUGGGGCUGGACUUCCAGAGAUUCCUGAUCUUGAACCGGACCUUGCUAGUCGCAGCCCGGGAUCACAUCUUCUUCUUUGACCUUGAAGCCCAAGAAGAAGGGGAAGGGCUGGUGCCCAGCAAGUAUCUGACAUGGAGGAGCCAAGGUGUGGAGAACUGUGCCGUUCGGGGAAAGCAGACGGAGGAAUGCUACAACUACAUUCGUGUCCUUGUUCCCUGGGACUCCCAGACGCUCCUUGCUUGUGGAACGAACUCAUUCAACCCCAAGUGCCGCAGCUACGGGAUAACUUCACUGCAGCAGGAGAGUAAGGAGAUGGACGGGCGGGCUCGAUGCCCCUUUGAUGCCACCCAGUCCAAUGUAGCCAUCUUUGCAGAGGGCAGCCUGUACUCAGCCACGAACACAGACUUCCAGGCCAGCGACCCCGUGGUUUACAGAAGCCUUGGGCCUCUGCCCCUGCUCCGCACUGCCAAGCACGACUCCAAGUGGCUCCGAGAGCCGCACUUCGUCCAUGCCCUGGAGCACGGAGACCACAUCUACUUCUUCUUCCGAGAAGUCUCUGUGGAGGACGCCCGGCUGGGGAGGGUGCAGUUCUCCCGCGUGGCCCGAGUGUGCAAACGCGACAUGGGCGGCUCAAGCCGGGCCCUGGACGGCCAGUGGACUUCGUUCCUGAAGCUGCGCCUCAACUGCUCCAUCCCUGGGGACUCCACCUUUUACUUUGACGCCCUUCAGGCCUUGACGGGCCCAGCGAGCCUGCAUGGCCGCACUGCGCUCUUUGGGGUCUUCACCACCCAGACCAACAGCAUCCCCGGCUCCGCAGUCUGCGCCUUCUACCUGGAUGAUAUUGAGCGAGGGUUUGAGGGCAAGUUCAAGGAGCAGAGGAGCCUGGAUGGGGCCUGGACCCCUGUGUCUGAGGAAAAGGUGCCCUCGCCCAGGCCUGGAUCCUGCGCGGGCGUGGGCGGAGCUGCCUCAUUCUCCUCGUCCAAAGACCUUCCGGAUGACGUCCUCGCCUUCAUCAAGGCUCACCCCCUGUUGGACCCCGCAGUGCCACCUGCCACCCGGCAGCCUCUCCUCACCCUCACCAGCAGGGCCCUCCUGACGCAGGUAGCUGUGGACGGCUCCGCUGGGCCCCAUGGCAACGUCUCGGUCCUGUUCCUCGGCUUGGAGGACGGGAUGGUGCUAAAGGUGCUGCCCCCCAGCGGCCGGCCCGGGAGGCCCGAUCCCAUCCUACUGGAAGAGAUCGACGCCUACAGCCCCUCCCGGUGCAGUGGGAAGUUCGCAGCCCAAACUGCGCGACGCAUCAUAGGGCUGGAGCUGGACAGCGAGGGUCACAGGCUCUUUGUGGCUUUUUCUGGCUGCGUCAUCUCCCUCCCCAUCAGCCGCUGUGCUCGGCAUGGGGCCUGCCAGAGGAGCUGCCUGGCUUCUCAGGACCCAUACUGUGGCUGGCAUAGUUCCAGAGGCUGCGUGGAUAUCAGGGGACCCGGUGGGACCGGCGUAGAUCAGGCUGGAAACCAGGACUCCAUGGAGCACGAUGACUGCCAGGAUGGAGCCACCGGGAGUCAGUCCGGUCCCGGGGACUCCGCUUAUGGAGCAGCGUUUGGGAGAGGAGAGGUUUAUUUCAGCGGCUCCAGUUCAUUGUCAGCUGACACCUCCACCCAGGACAAGACAGGAACAUCCGGGUGAAGGGCCUCACUCUAUAGCACAGGCUGGCGUUGAAUUCAUGGAGAUCCUCCUGCCUCAGCCUCCUGCUGCGACUAUAGGAGAGCACCACCGUGACCCACUCUUUUAAAAAAAAAGGCAUUUGGGGGCUGGAGAUGUAGCUCAGAGGAGAGGCACUUGUACAGCAUGUGUGAGUCCUGGGCUCAGUCCCCGGUAGCACACCACGCAUGCACACAUGCACAGAAGAGCCCUUCUGAGCACUGCAGUGGACGGGACAUCUCCGGCAGGCGCAAUGGUCUGUUCUACCCUGGCCACCGGUGGGCACUGCACUCCUCCCAGGCUGCUCCUUGUACCCACUUCUAAAGGAACUCGAUGUGGAGCUAGAGGGAGCUCCUUAUGAAUGAAGAAGCUGAGAAGCCAGCAGAGCAAAUCCAUUCCUUCCCAGCUUCCCUGAGUCUGGUGUUUCCCCUGCCACCUCAGCACUGA